AUGGCUCGGGGGCGACGUGGUGCAAGCAAGUCUGCGGACGACUACGACGACUACGAGUACUAUAGCUACUACAGCGAGUCCCGAUCGCCCUCCCCUCGGAAUCGCGGGCGACGUGGUCGCGACCGUGGUGGACGCAGGCGCCAUGAACGCAGCCGGUCCCGGGGUCGUCGGGACCGCCGCCACGACAAGCGAGGCCGCAGUCGUGAGAGGCGCCCUCCUGGACGUCCUCGUUUUGAAGACCGUGGCCGGAUGGGCGGUGGCGGACGUGAUGCCAAGCCUGGAUCCCAGCGCGUGUUGUGA